AUGAUCGAACGUGCCCUCGAGAACUUCAAAAAAAUUGGAAAGGGCAAUCUGACCACGGCAAAGAUUCGUUCCCGCAUCCUGCUUCUCAAGGACAACUGGAGCCAAUUCGUGACUGGGCAUGCUGCUUUGAAGGAAGCGAUUCCCAAGGUCAAACGAGAGGAGUUCCCGUACUUCAGCGAGGACCAUUUCGAGAGAGCCCAGGAUGUCUACCUCACCGCUCUGGACUACAUGGCGGAUUGCUUAGAGGAGCUCGAGCCGACUGUGAGUCCGAACCAUUCAAGUACCUUCUACGUCGACCGACGUCAGGAUGCGCCCGCGGAUGCGCCCGCGACCGCGUCCGCGUUCUCGUUGCAGCAUCUCCCUCCCAUUCAAUUACCGCCGUUCGAUGGUAAACCCGACGAAUGGGCACAGUUCCACGAUCGGUUUACUACGCUAAUUCGCGACAAUAAAGUCUUGAAUGAUUUCGCUCGCAUGCAUUUCCUCUCCUCGUGUUUAAAAGGCCGCGCCGCAGAAUGUAUUACGCAUCUUCCUAUUACCGCGGAGAAUUUUGAACUCGCGUGGGCCGCGUUAACCUCGCGCUACGAGAACAAGCGGCGCACACUUAAUAUUCAUCUCUCCGCUCUGCUCGGUCUUCCUAGCGUACCGCGUGAAUCGGCUUCCGAGUUACAAUCUUUACAUGAUAAGGUUGCGGCCGCUCUAAAAUCCUUCUCGAAUUUGGAUCACAAUACCGACAACCUCUGGAACGAUAUGCUCGUAUACCUUGUCACGCAGAAACUCGAUCCGAUCACGCGGAAGGCUUGGAAUUUACAGGAAAGCGGUCGCGACGAUCCGCCUACGUACGACGAUCUUAAACGCUUUCUCGAACAUCGCAUUCGCGGAUUGGAAAACAACGCAAUCGGCGCCCCCGUGAAGCCCGGUGCAAAAACCGCUCCAUCCGAUCGCGUUCACGCUGCUACCGCGUCAGCGAACGUGCCGCCAAAGUGCCCGCUAUGCGACACGCCCCAUUAUCUAAAUUCCUGCGUUAAGUUCAGGGAAAAGAAUCCGAAUCAACGUCGAGAAAUGGUGAAGCAGCAAAAACGUUGUUUCAAUUGCUUGAGCGAAAAGCAUACAGUUAUGUCGUGCAAAAGUAAAUUCUCAUGUCGAGUUUGCAAGAAACGGCAUCAUUCGCUUCUCCAUCUCGAUUCGGAUUCUUCUUCCAUCGCUCUCGAAGCGGCGUCACUUAGUUGCUCGUCGUCCGUCGCUUCAGCUGAAAAAACCGAGGUGAAUUCUCUUACCGCUUCGACCGCGCCGCGACGUCGAACGCAUAUACUCCUCGCGACCGCGUGGGUAACGGUGCGGACGCCGUCGGGCCGCACCGCCGUCGUGCGAGCCCUGCUCGACCAAGGCUCCGAAAUGACCUUUAUUUCCGAGUCAUUGGCGCAACUCCUGAGAGCAAAACGCCGUCGCAUGCCCAUCUCCGUCACCGCCGUCGGUGGUAUACACGCCGGCACUUUUAAACAUGCGACACAGAUAUUUAUUUCCCCGCGUAACGCUUCUGCUCCGGCUUAUUCAUCUGACGCGCUCAUUCUCGGCUCGUUAACUACUUACGUUCCAAAGCGCGGUGUAGAUAUUUUGGCGUUCACGCACCUUUCGGAUUUAUCGUGGGCCGACCCGGAUCCGACAAGUUUCGAUCCCAUCAGUAUUAUCAUUGGGGCCGAUCUAUACAAUACUUUACUUCUUGGCAGCGUCCGCAAGGGAAACGUCGGCUAG